AUGGACCCGACCCUCCUUCUUCUCGCCUCCGCCGCCGUCCUGGUGCCUGUGCUCUACAUGUACACAGUAAGCAUCGUCCAAACGCGCUUCCCCACGCUGCGGAAUAAGCGCAUAUGCCUGCUCAUUGCGCACCCCGACGAUGAGGCCAUGUUUUUUGCGCCCACCGUCCUGGCUCUGACGCGCCCGGAGACGGGCAACCACGUCAAGAUUCUGUGCCUCAGCUCCGGCAACGCGGAAGGACUCGGCGAAACGAGAAAGAAGGAGCUUGUUAAAAGCGGCAUGACUCUUGGCCUUCGCGACGAGGAAGACGUCUUUGUCGUCGAUAACCCCGCCGACUUUCCCGACUCCAUGACCGCCACCUGGGACGAGUCCAAGAUUGCCGGGCUCCUCAUGAGCGCAUUCGCUCCGGCCCUCGCCUCUCAGAAGAAGCAGCCAACGGAGCAGCCGCCCACCGCUAACAUCGACGUGCUCAUCACCUUUGACGCCGGGGGCGUCUCCGCGCACCCCAACCACAUCUCGCUGUACCACGGCGCCCGCCGCUUCAUCGCCGCGCUGCUGCGCGGCCGCGGCGCCGGCUGGGCCGCACCCGUCGAUCUCUAUACGCUACGCUCCGUGCACGUCUCCCGCAAGUACGCCUCGAUCCUCGACGCUCUCCCGACGCUGGUCACCUGGGCGGCGACGGCGGCGAGAAACCCUGACAAGGCGCACCCGCCUGCGCUCGUCUUUCUCAGCGGGCUGGUCGGCGAGGGCGCGUUGCCGACGGCAUGGAGCGCCAUGACGGCGGCGCACAAGAGCCAGAUGGUUUGGUUCCGGUACCUGUACAUUACGUUUAGCCGGUACAUGCUCAUCAACGACUUGCAUUUGGAAAAGGUCAAGGCGUAA